UCUAAUGAAACCACUUCAAUUUGCUCAUGUCUUUGGUUUAAAUACUAAAAAAAAUUUAAAAUUUCGUCAAUUUUUGUUGUUUAUUCAAUCGUUUUCAAAUAACAUUUACUGUUUGAUGAAACGUUUUAAUGGAUAAAUUAAAAUCUAGUAGCUUAGGCUUAAGCGAAGUUGAAAUGCAUAAGAGAUAUGAUUCCAUCAUGAUGUCAAACGUGUAACGAUCAAUUAAUCAAUUGUAUUUGUACAAAUUUAUUUGGUUCUUUCUUUGAUUUUCAAUAUUUUUCAGUCUUAUUUUUCCACGAGAAAUCAUUGCGCACUGGAAUACAUGAAUUCCGCACAGCUAAUGGAUGAAAAAGGUAGAAAGAGAAUGAAAUUUAGAAAAAAACACAUAAACUAUGAGAAUAAUACGAAGCUGGAUGAAGCUCAUGAAAAUGCAAAAUCUUGUAGUUCUAAAAAGAAAAGAAAACGGAUCAUUUCAGGGGAAAAAAAGGAUUUAUUUUUGCAAAAGAAAAAAAAUUCAAAAAACAUCUCUAAAUUAAUUUUGGACUCUGGCCAUAUAGCUAACACUGUUUCCAAUGAGAUCAGCGCUGAUGCAGACAUUAAAAAAGGAACCAUGCAUGAUAGCGAGGAAGAGUUUUUAGCUUCUACAAAAGCUAAAAAAAGUUUCAAACAGUCCGUGAAAAGCAUCAAGAAAAAUGUUUCUCUGAAAAAAAAAUCUAGUGAUUGUAUAAUUUCUCAAAACAUUCAAGUUAAAAGGAAGCAUUCAGACUUAAACCUUUCUUCUGCAAAAAACCCAAAACGUAAGAAAAACCUAUCAUGCGACUCUAACAGUUUCAAUAAUAAAAGCAAAAAAGACCGUAAAAAAGCUUCGGUUCUUCAAAAAACAGAGACUGAAAAUUUUAGUGAAUCUGAUUCAAAUGAGGAUCAAAUAUUAAGAAAUGAAUUAGAAAGCUUUUCUAUUUAUAAAAAUAUUCAGAAAUUGAUAAAAGAUGACCCUUCUUUAUUGGCUUCUGCAAAUUAUGAAGAGGAAUUGUCUGAGACUGAAUCUGUAAGUUUAAAUGAAGAAUCGUCUGAAGAAUGUGCAGAUGAUAGUGAUGGCUCUAACACAGAAUCCAAAACCUUUUCAAGAGAUAAAUUAGCAUCAACUUCUAAUAAAAAGGAAAAAUUGAUAGCGAUAAAAUAUUUUGAUAGGACUCUAUUGAAUAAAAAGGAAGUAGUUGCCACGGCAUGUGCAACCUCAUCUAGCGAUUUUGUUAGGACUCAAGUUAAUAAAAAUGAAAAAGUUGUUGCUACAGCAAGUACAGCCUCAUCCCAUGAUUUUGAUAGGACUCAGAAGGUUAGUUUAGCAAAUAAAGAUGGAAAAGUGAUUUCACAAAGUGUUGCAUCCAAUUUAAAAAAUAAGGCUCUUGAGAAACUUCAAGGAGCAAAAUUCAGAUACCUAAAUGAAAAGCUUUACACAGAAAGUGGGAAAGAUUCUUUCAAUUAUUUUCAAAAGAAUAGAGAGGAAUAUAUGGAUUAUCAUAAAGGAUAUAGUUUGCAAGUUUCUAAAUGGCCUUUGAAUCCUGUGGAUAAAAUAAUUAGUUCUUUGCAGAAAAUGAAGAAAAAUAUAACAAUAGCUGACAUGGGAUGUGGUGAUGCUAAAAUUGCACGUACUCUUUCAAGCUGCAUUAUUCAUAGCUUUGAUCUGGUAGCAUUGAAUGAUUUUGUGACUCCGUGUAAUAUUUCAAAGGUUCCUUUAUCAAAUGAAAGUGUUGAUGUUGUUGUGUUUUGUUUAUCUCUCAUGGGAACUAAUUUGAAGGAAUAUAUCCAAGAAGCAUACAGAAUUGCUAAAUUUGGUGGAAUACUCAAGAUAGCUGAAGUUGAGAGCCGAAUUCCAAAUUUGGAUCAGUUUAUUAAAAGCAUACAAUCUUUAGGAUUUUCUAUAGAGAAAAAAGAUGUGGAACACAAAUUGUUUGUAUUUCUGGAAUUCAAGAAAAUGAAGAAAAAUAAAAAAGGUGCUAGAGUACAAGAUAUAACACUUAAACCGUGUUUGUACAAAAAACGAUAGUUAUAAAAGUGUAACCAACAGAGUUAAUAAAAGAGAAACUAUGUCAUAAA